GAGUUAUAUAGCAAGGCCAACUAUGGAUAUAGAAAAUAGUUGAGAAUGAAAUUAUUAGCAAUGAGUAGUUGUCUUCCACGGCCAACGCCUUACCUCUUUCUCGCUUCAAAGAAAACUGCAAAGCCCAUAUUAAAUUGCAAAUUCAACAAUGCCGAAGCUCACGAGUUUUUCCAAGCGGCGCUCCACCGCGCUUCCCUGCGUUUCCAGGAGACCCUCCGUCCAGGCAUGCUGUAUCCAUUAUUCACAGACCCCUACAUCAGAUGCCUUCUGCCUCUUGAUAUUGAAAUGGAUGUGAAUCAAAGCUUGCACAAGCACUGCCUUGCAACCAAGUUUAUUGAUGACAAACUGAUCACCUCAAUGCAAAAAGACGAUGGACUUAGGCAGAUUAUUUUCUUGACGGAUGGGAUGGACACCCGACCAUAUAGGCUUAACUGGCCUGCAUCGACAGUACUAUUUGAUAUAUCUCCGGAUAUAAUAUUUAGACAAUCUAUUCAGAAGCUUGAAGAAGUUGGCGCCAAGAUUCCAAGAAGGUGCUUGCUCUUACAUGUCCCAUCAGAAACCUCGGACAUUCAAGAAGCUUUACGCAGUAAAGGAUACAACGGCACCAGAUCUAGUCUGUGGGUUCUUCAGGGACUUCCAGUAGUUACUUUGUCCAACUUUCAAGAUAUUUUGAGCAUUGUGAGCGCGUUAGCCAUGAAGGGAUCCUUUAUCAUUGGAGAACUCCCUAGCUGGUUAGUAAAAACUGAGACUGACACGAAGUCUACAACAGCAGAAUGGAUGGACAAGCUCUUUGUGAGCCACGGCCUAAAGGUGGAGAUCGUUGAGCGUGACGAAGUUGCAAGAGACCUCGGAAAUGAAUCAUCAUUCGGUGACUGCGAAAUGAUACUAUUUGCUGCAGAGCAGCUGCAGUUCUCUGAUGAUCAGAUGGAAUUAUGGAGAAGAGAGUUUCAAAGGAUAGAAGAAGAAGGCGAUGAAGAUGGUUUUGAAGAGCUUUAAAUGGACACCAUGUUUUACAUAUCGAGUCUAGACUCUAUAGUGCUAUUGUAUUUUUCUCAUCUUUUGUUUGCAUUGGGCCGUAGACCUUGGGCCUAAACCCAGUUCCAGCUCCAACUGCACGGUGUGGCCCAAUAUAUGAAUCUAAUUUUCCAAUAUUGUUAGGGAAGUCAUGUACUUUUAUUGAUAUAUAAAAACAGAAAUUUAGAAAAAAGAGAGGAUAUUUAUAUCCCAAAAAUAUAUAGGGGUCACUUGAAACACUUAAUAAAAAUACGAUUCGAAUC